GUUAUUUUCUGAUAUAACCAGGGAGAUAGGAAAUGGGCAGGCUUUAUAUUAACCGGGUCUGGUAGCGCCUUUCACGCUUUUCUGUUCAAUAGAGCUUCUAUCCUGUGCAUCUGAUUCCAGCUGGAGAUAUGAAGCUGUACAUUUUGCUAGCUGUGACCCUGAUCUCCCUCCUCACAGAGGUUGUACAUGGGGCUGAGAAGAAAAAGCUCCAGAUCGGGAUCAAGAAAAGGGUGGACAACUGUCCUAUCAAGUCUCGAAAAGGAGAUGUUCUGAAUAUGCACUACACUGGAAAGCUGGAGGAUGGCACAGAAUUUGACAGCAGUAUACCCAGGAAUCAGCCCUUCACCUUUACUCUGGGUACUGGACAGGUCAUUAAAGGCUGGGACCAGGGUCUUCUAGGAAUGUGUGAGGGAGAGAAGAGGAAGUUGGUCAUUCCAUCUGAGCUUGGUUAUGGAGAUAGAGGAGCCCCACCCAAAAUUCCAGGUGGAGCCACACUCAUCUUUGAAGUAGAGCUGCUGAGCAUCGAAAGAAGAGCUGAUUUAUAGUGACAGAUAGAUUUGCCUGUAAGUCUUAACAGAUCUGAAUCAGUGUGCUGCAAUAGCAGUGUUUAUCUACACUGUAAAAGCACUGAAGGUGGAUUUGCUAUUGCUGCUCUGGAGACUAGCAGUUUCAGGGGAUUUGCUCAGUAGUAUUUUGCAGAUUUGGAAAUGAAUAUUAAAAGGUGUACCUGUGCAUUUGGAUUAAGUCAACUUUAAUUUUGCUGAAAAUUAAACAUAUCUUCAUGGA